AUGUUGUGUCUCCUCACAGCCAGUUUGCUGGCCGUUCCCGCUUUGAGCGCAUACGUCAAUCAGUCCCGCGAAUACAACCAAGGAAAGUAUGGUGACGGACCGUACCAGGAUGUCUUGUUCAACUUCCAAAAAUUUCCCUCGUCGGCUCCUGAAGAUGAAUACCUUUUCAUCGCUCCUCGCGGGCAGGCUGUCCGCUCUGCGGGCCCAUACAUUUUCGACCGCUAUGGUGAACUGGUGUGGGACGGCACCAUGUUUGGCUUCGGUCAGACCAUGACCUACAUGCCUACCACUUACCAGGGCAAGUCAGUCUUGGCUUUGUGGCAGGGCAACUUUAAUAUUAACGGAUAUGGCAAUGGCCAGGGCGUAAUCCUCGACGAGCACUACAACGUCAUUGCCAACGUGGCGCCGGCGUCGACUUUCACGAGUGUUUAUCCUGUCAAGCGGUAUGACCUGUCUGGAUACCAGAACACUCUAGCUAGCCCCCGUAACGGGUACAUCCUGGACGGAGUUGCACAGGAGAUAGACAUCGCCACCGGUCGUGCCAUCUGGACGUGGAGCGCGCUAGACCACGUCCACCCGUCGCAGUGCUACCUGCCACCCGGAACCUCAGGGUCACGAGAUUCGCCGUGGGACUACUUCCACAUCAACAGCAUUGAGAAAGACUCGAAGGGCAACUAUCUUAUCAGCUCGCGUCACUGCAGCGCGGUAUACUACGUGCGCGGGAGCGACGGCGCGAUUCUUUGGACUCUAGGUGGCCGCAAUUCGUCCUUCCGUCAGGAUCGCCGGACAUCCUUCUCCUUCCAGCACGACGCUCGCUGGCACGAUGACGAGACGACUAUAAGUUUGUUCGACAACGCCGCUACCGGCGGUCGAGGCUCUACUGCUCGUGGCCUCCACCUUCGACCCAACUCCAACAGUGGCACCGUCGACUUCAUUCAGGAAAUGCUUCCUUACCUGCGCACGCCUAGUCUCAGCCAGGGCAAUGUCGACCGUCAGGGUAACGGCAACUGGAUUCUGGGCUGGGGCAACAUUCCCUACGUCAGCGAGACGUCUCAGAGUGGAGAGCUGCUCUGGGCAGGACAGUUCGGAUACGGCGACGUUCAGAGUUAUACUGCUCACCGAGCCAAAUGGGUUGGCUACCCAAACACGAAACCCGAUCUUGCCAUCCGGAAGAACAACCAGGGCUACACAGUCUUCAUGUCGUGGAACGGUGCGACAGAAGUCAAGUGGUGGGAGAUUUUCAGCACAAGUGGCACCCAAUCCAGGAGUGUGGGUAGAAUCGGGAAGUCUGGGUUCGAAACCACGUUUUCCGUCGAGAGCUCCAACUUUGACGGCUUCUUCGUACAAGGACUCAAGGGUGACGGAACAGUGCUAGGAACAUCGAGAAUCAGGAGGACGGACGGACGCGACGGAGGUGACCCCUGA